GAAUUUGCCCACCACCAAUCCUGGAUUAUCAAGCGUCGAUUCCCACAAUCGUACGUGAUCAUUCGUCUUCAUGGAUUCCACCAUCCGCCCGCUUCACAUCGUCUUUCUGGAAUCUUUGCGACCCUGAGAUUACGGACAAGUGCCUCGAACCCUCUCUACCUACUCGACAGCGUGCUCGUCUGUCAAUCCAUCACGAGCACAUCCUACUGCAUCAGCAGACAUCGACGCCGAGUAUUCGAGCAACCUGCGUCGUUCGCGCCUUGCACUCGAAUCUGAGCUGAGGCACCGCCGAAGAAGCUGCCCUCGUGGUCAAGGUUUCAGCUCGUGAGCUUUCCGCUAGCAAUCUACAAGUCUCUGGCACAGACGAUUGGUCGCACAACAUGCACCUCAUGUACACUCUCGAUGCCAAUGGCAAUCGUCUGUACACGCUCAAGAAGAGGACAACGGCUGGAGGCAUCACAAAGAGCGCACAUCCUGCUCGGUUUUCACCCGAUGACAAGUUCAGCAAACACCGGGUGACGAUAAAGAAGAGGUUCGGCAUUCUGCCCACCCAGCUUCCUACCAAGCCCAUGUGAUGCGAUUGUGAUGCCGCAGCUACGAUGGGGGGGG